AUGGAUAUAUAUGAUUAUUAUAAUAAACUUGGCUGUUCUAUGGAUUCAUCGUAUGAGGAUAUAAAACAUGCAUAUUAUCAUCGAGCACGUCAGCUUCAUCCGGAUAAAACCAUUGGAACAGAGGAAAAUACUAAAGAAUUUCAACUUCUUGCCGAAGCUUGGUCUAUUCUAAAAGAUCCCGAUUUGAGAAAAAAGUAUGACACUGAAUGUAAACAAGCAGAAUUAGAAUCUAAUAACAUUAUAGUUCAUGCGACCGUACAUUCACAUGAAUUACAAGCAACAAAUAAAAAGGAUGUAUUAAGUUUUCCGUGCAGAUGUGUUUUUAGAAAGACAAACAUUCUUGUAAGUUAUAUUUUAACAUGUACAGUUGUUGUUGAAGUAUUGAAGUAG